GAUGACUACUGCCACGUGACGUCAGCAGCAGAUGGCAUGGGUACCAGCUAUGGCAGUUGGCAUCGGUGUCAUUUCUCUAAGAGCGACGGAGAGGUGAGAGAAUCGCAUUUGGCCGGGCGCGCCUGCAGCAGGCAGGAGAAGCUCUUAACACUGAGAAAAAUGGACAUCGCCUGUUGACCCAGAGGAUCCAGCAGGACUACAAUGCUGACUUUACCGUUUGAAGAGCCGGUGAUGAUGGACACUCAGUUCGUGGCAAACUUUCCGCGGGACUGCGUGGGCGAGGCGAAGGUCACCAAACACGACGCCUUCAAAAAAGAAGAGCUGCUCUCACACACGGACCUUAAGGCGAUGGACGACGACGAGUCGGAGAAGGACGAGGACGAGCGGGACGAGGGCCCAGACGAGCACGACGCGCCACGCAGGCGAGGGCCACGUAAAAAGAAGCUGACCAAAGAGCGGAUCGACCGCGUGAAGCUAAGGCGCAUGGAGGCCAACGCGCGCGAGAGGAACCGCAUGCACGGCCUCAACAACGCGCUGGACAGCCUUCGCAAAGUGGUGCCGUGCUACUCAAAAACGCAGAAACUGUCCAAGAUCGAGACGCUGCGUCUAGCCAAAAACUACAUCUGGGCCCUUUCGGAGAUCCUCAGCACUGGUAAGAGACCUGACCUCUUGAGCUUCGUACAGACGUUGUGCAAGGGCCUUUCCCAGCCCACAACCAACCUCGUGGCGGGAUGCCUGCAGCUCAACGCCCGCAGCUUCAUCUCCGAUCACGGCGCCGAGGCGUCCUUUUCGGCCAGAUCGCCGUACGACGCCGUGUACCCGGCUUACCACGACGACCUGGCAACUACCGGGCACGGCGGAAGUGGAGGAAGUGGCGGGGCGGACGGUGCCAAACCCUUCAGGCCGUACGGCUACUGUGGCGCCUACGAGUCAUUCUACGAGUCGGCGUCUCCUGAGUGCGCGAGCCCGCAGUUUGACGGACCGCUUAGCCCGCCGCUGAACUUCAACGGGAUUUUCUCGCUCAAACACGAGGAGCCGGGUGACUAUGGGAAGAGCUGCCAUUACGGCAUGCGCUACUGCGCUGUACCGGGUCGCUCCUCCAUCAGCCAGAGCGCGGUGGCGCGCGCCUCCUCCGACCUGCACUUCCCUUACGACCUCCACCUGCGCGGCCAAUUCUACCCUGCUCAGGACGAACUGAACGCCUCUUUUCAUAAUUAGAGCGAAAAAGGCAAACAUUCCCUCCCCUUCCCUCCCAUUGCUUUCCCUUCCCUCACCUUUUCGGGGUAAUUACUGAAAACAACGAACUUAAGCCCGCAACAUGUAUUAUUUACGUCGCGCUCCAUUAGGAGCUCUUUGGUUGUAGGCCAACUGAUGUUUUAUGUAUUCGAGUUAACUGGAUGGAGUGAUUUACUUAGGGCGGACAUUUUGGCGUGGAAUGUCCUUGAAAAACAGAAUCAUAGCCUAAAUAAUGCUCUUGUUUAGUUUUAUUUAAUAUCAUAAUAAAAAAAAAAAAAUAAUAAAUCAUGAA